AUGGCCGCCCGUGCUGAGGCCACCCUCCUCCCCCGUUAUAACCGGGCGGCUCCCGUCAGCACCGCGGGGUGCUCGUAUCUACGCAAUUAUGUUAACCACCCGUGUUCCGUUAUGCCGAGGCACCUAACCAGCCGGGGCCUGGGCCUGGGCUUUGCCUCCGUAUUCACCCGGGCCCCGGUGACCACAGCUGGUCCUCAGGCAGCUGCCUGGUUGCGCCUGGAAAAACCGAGAACGCUGACCGCUACCGCGCCCCCGCCACCCCGCGCACCCCGCCACCCCGCGUCCUCCUCCACCCAGCGCGCCCGCCACCCCGCGCACCCUCCACCCCGCGCCCCCCUCCACCCAGCGCGCACCCGCUACCCCGCGUCCUCCUCCACCCCGCGCACCCCGCUACCCAGCGCACGCCUCCACCCAGCGGGCACCCCGCUACCCCGCGCCCCCUCCACCCAGCGCGCACCCGCUACUCCGCGCCCCCCUCCACCCAGCGAGCACCCCGCUACCCCGCGCACCCCUCCACCCAGCGCGCACCCCGCUACCCCGCGUCCUCCUCCACCCUGCGCACCCCGCUACCCAGCGCACCCUCCACCCAGCGCACCCGCCACCCCGCGCCCCUCUCCACCCAGCGCGCACCCGCUACUCCCCGCCCCUCUCCACCCAGCGCGCACCCGCUACUCCGCGCCCCUCUCCACCCAGCGCGCACCCGCUACUCCGCGCCCCCCUCCACCCAGCGCGCACCCGCUACUCCCCGCCCCUCUCCACCCAGCGCGCACCCGCUACUCCGCGCCCCCCUCCACCCAGCGCGCACCCGCUACUCCGCGCCCCCCUCCACCCAGCGCGCACCCGCUACUCCCCGCCCCUCUCCACCCAGCGCGCACCCGCUACUCCGCGCCCCCCUCCACCCAGCGGGCACCCGCUACCCCGCGUACCCCUCCACCCAGCGCACCCCGCUACCCCGCGCACCCUCCACCCAGCGCACCCACCACCCCGCGCCCCCUCCACCCAGCGCGCACCCGCUACUCCGCGCACCCCUCCACCCAGCGCACCCACCACCCCGCGUACCCCUCCACCCAGCGCACCCCGCUACCCCGCGCACCCUCCACCCAGCGCACCCACCACCCCGCGCCCCCUCCACCCAGCGCGCACCCGCUACUCCGCGCCCCCCUCCACCCAGCGGGCACCCCGCUACUCCGCGCACCCCUCCACCCAGCGCGCACCCGCUACUCCGCGCACCCCUCCACCCAGCGCGCACCCGCUACCCCGCGCACCCCUCCAUCCAGCGCACCCCGCUACCCCGCGCACCCCUCCAUCCAGCGCACCCCGCUACCCCGCGCACCCUCCACCCGGCGCACCCACCACCCCGCGCCCCCUCCACCCAGCGCGCACCCGCUACCCCGCGCACCCCUCCACUCAGUGCGCACCCCUCCACCCAGCUCACCCCGCUACUCCGCGCACCCCUCCACCCAGCGCGCACCCGCUACUCCGCGCACCCCUCCACCCAGCGCGCACCCGCUACCCCGCGCACCCCUCCAUCCAGCGCACCCCGCUACCCCGCGCACCCUCCACCCGGCGCACCCACCACCCCGCGCCCCCUCCACCCAGCGCAACCCGCUACCCCGCGCACCCCUCCAUGCAGCGCACCCCGCUACCCUGCGCCCCCCUCCACCCAGCGCCCCCUUCCACCCAGCGGGCACCCCGCUACCCCGCGCACCCUCCACCCAGCGCACCCCGCCACCCAGCGCGCACCCCUCCACCCAGCGCACCCCUCCACCCAGCGCACCCCGCUACCCCGCGCACCCUCCAUCCAGCGCACCCCUCCACCCAGCGCACCCCUCCACCCAGCGCACCCCGCUACCCCGCGCACCCUCCAUCCAGCGCACCCCUCCACCCAGCGCACCCCGCUACCCCGCGCACCCUCCACCCAGCGCGCACCCCGCUACCCCGCGCCCCCCUCCACCCAAGGCACCCGCGCCGCCGCCCGUUUUGGGGCGAGGACGUUACAGGCGACAGGUGGAGCUGCCCCGGCCGGAGUCGCCCGACCCGUGA